AUGGCAGCACACGAGAAUAUGGGCGUCGACCCCGAUCCGCAGCCCAGGGUCAGCGAAGCCAAGGCAUCGCAUGCCGACAUGACGGCCGGCCGCUACCUCGCGACCCGGUUCAGCACCUUGAAGCCGCCGAUGCUGGCGGCGCCGAACCCCUGGCGUCUUGUGAGGAUGCUGAACCGCCACCAAUGGGCCUUUUUCGGCGUGGCCUUUGCCGCCUGGACGUGGGAUGCUUUCGACUUCUUCACCGUUUCCCUGACCGUUACGCAACUGGCCAAGGAGUUUGGCAAGACGAAGACGGACAUCACGUGGGGCAUCACGCUGGUGCUCAUGUUCCGUUCUGUGGGCUCCGUCAUCUUUGGUAUCGCCGCAGAUCGAUACGGUCGCAAGUGGCCGUUUGUCGUCAAUAACCUGCUAUUCGUCGUUCUUGAGCUGGGAACCGGCUUCUGCCAGACGUAUCGGCAAUUCCUGGUAUGCCGUGCGCUGUUUGGCGUCGCCAUGGGCGGCCUCUACGGUAAUGCGGCUGCCACGGCGCUGGAGGAUGUCCCUGAAGCGGCCCGCGGCCUCAUGAGCGGUAUCCUACAACAAGGUUACGCCUUUGGAUACCUGCUCGCUACAGCCUUUGCCAGGGGCCUCGUCGACACGACGCCUCACGGUUGGCGCCCGCUCUUCUGGUUCGGAGCCUGCCCGCCUGUGCUGUUCAUCAUGUGGCGACUCAUGCUGCCCGAGACGCAGACGUUUCUCGCCCACAAGCGCCUGCGCGAACACGCCGCCCACCAGCACGAGGCCGCAGCCAGCGCCGACGGCUCCCCGCACCGGUCUGUGACGUCGACCUUCCUCCAGGAGGGCAAGGUCGCGCUGGUCCGUCACUGGAAGGUCCUCAGCUACCUCGUGCUCCUCAUGGCCGGCUUCAACUUCAUGUCUCACGGCUCGCAGGACCUGUACCCGACCAUGCUCAGGAACCAGUUUGAGUUCUCGGCGGACCUCGUCACCGUCACCCAGGUCGUGGCCAAUCUCGGCGCCAUGCUCGGCGGCAGCACCGUGGGCUACUGCUCGCAGAUCUUCGGCCGCCGCUUCAGCAUCCUCUGCUGCUGCGUCAUGGGCGGCGCCAUGCUGUACCCCUACACCUUUGUCUCGAACCCGCGCGUCAUGGCCGCCGCCUUCUUCAUGCAGUUCGCCGUCCAGGGCGCCUGGGGCGUCAUCCCCAUCCACCUCAUGGAGCUCAGCCCCGGCGCCUUCCGGACCUUUGUCGUCGGCACGGCCUACCAGCUCGGCAACCUCGCGUCGAGCGCCAGCUCGACCAUCGAGUCGCGCCUCGGCGAGAACUUUCCCCUGGCGCCCACGGCCAAGGGCGAGACGCGCUACGACUACGGCCGCGUCAUUUGCAUCUUCAUGGGCUGCGUCUUCGCCUAUGUCAUUGUGCUGACCAUCCUGGGACCCGAGCGCCUGCGCCGGAGCUUUGACGUCGAGGACGACGACGAUGCGCGCGAGGUCGCCGGCAUGGAGACCAUUGGCGGCGCGGGGCGCGAGAGGGUGCUGGGCGAUGAGGAGACGGGCCACCAGGAGAAGAGCGCUGUGCAUCGCGAGUAG